CCCUAUGCUCCUAUCACCUGUGUUAUGUGUAUGCUUCCAACAGCUCUCAAAAACUUUGAUUUUGAAUUUAGAUUUUUUGUUUAUUGCAUUUUGGAAAACAUUCAAACAUUUAUUUAUAUACAGGGUCUCUAAAAAUACUAUUCUUAAUACUGAAAUACUAUCAAUACAGCAAAACUAAACUACCUAUUUAUUAAACAAUAUGUGUGAUAUAGUAGUAUUGUAUGAUGGUUAUUCUAUACUAAGAAGUAAAGAAGAAAUGAGCGCUAAUUGUAGUUGUACGCUAAUAAUGGGCAAAAGUAAUAAUAUAAUCAUAGAUACUAUGACUUCGUGGGAUGCUGAUAAAAUUGUAAGUGCUUUGAAGCUGCAAAACCUUACUGUGGAAGAUGUCAGUUAUGUUGUCUCUACUCACGGACAUUCAGAUCACAUAGGCAACAACAAUCUAUUCCUGAAGGCUAAACAUAUUGUUGGUUUCAGCGUUUCAUUUAAGGACACUUAUUACAUACAUCCGUUUGAGGAAGGAAAGGAGUAUUCAAUAGAUGAAAAUGUGAAAAUCAUUCCAACCCCAGGGCAUACACUCACAGAUGUAACUGUUUUGGUCACAUCAGUUAAUAAGGAAACAUUUGCUAUUACAGGAGAUUUAUUUGAAAAAAUCGAGGAUAUUGAGAACCCAACUCUAUGGUUAGAGGCUGGAAGUGAGGAUCCAACUCAACAGAGAAUAAACAGAUCCAAAGUGGCUCAGUUGGCUGAUUGGAUUGUGCCAGGCCAUGGACCACAGUUUAAAGUUACUGAUGAAAUCAGAGAGAGUCUUAAAUCACAACGAGAUGAAAAUAUAGCAAAAUAAAUAUGCGUUUAUUAAAGAUGAACGAGCAGACAGAUUUUAGCAGCAGCCAGCAAGUUUAGGAAUAUUCUUUUGUAAAUAAAACUUCCGAUUUUGGAUCAAAUUUUAUUACACAUAAUAUAUAAGAAAUCUUUCUUUUCAUUUAAAAUUCGUGAUAAACAGUUGUUUUUCUUUACAUAUCACUGAAUGACAUAUAAAGGCAAAAUAUAAGCAUUUACCUAAAUUAGUAAUAUGUGGUUUACAUUACCAAUAUCAUACUUAAAACUACAAAGACAAACGGUAGUGAAAAAAUGGACACAAAUUUAAAUUGUUUAAAAUUUAAACAACUGUUGGUUUUACAAACCAAUCAUAAUCUUCGAGUUGCAUCAUAUUUACAAAUAAUUUAAAAUUACUUAUCAACAGUACAACUCAAAUAUUAGUUAAAUUACAACAUCGAUGAUUACAACCCUUUAACAGCGAUGUAGCACAUUUUAUGAAAGCUGAGAUUGGAACUUAUCAAAUUGUUCAUAACAUUAAAAAGGAAAUCGUGGACUAGAUUAAGAUUUAAAAUAGCAAUUUAGUA